CCAGAGCUCGUGCAAACCGUGUUGUAAACAGGUUAGUCUCGUUUCAUUUUACGUGAUUUUGCGGCAGACUUUCGAAGUGUUGUAAAGCUGCGUACGACGUAAAGAGCGCGGCAUGUCAGAAAGACACAGGUCGCUGCCUGCAUGGAUGGCAAAGAAAGAGGAGAAAAGCCAAGAAAAGAAGCCACUGAAGAGAAAGCGGAAAGCUGCCAGGUCUGUUUUCUACUGUAUGAACGAGCAAGAGCUGGUAGAAGCAGCUGUUUCCUAUUUCACAAACGGCUCAUGUGAGGAGCUGACACUGGUGACUCACCAGCAGGGUAAACAAAAAGCAGUGGACAUAGUUAAGAAGAUGGGGAAAUCCACAAAUUCACAGCUGACAGCGAAUUCAGUUCCUGCAGAGGAGUCCCCAUCAGACUGCACUGAAGAUCUGGACAUGACGUAUGUUUCAGAAUCAGACUUGGACAUUACAGAGGUAGAAACAUUACCGUACACCAGCAGCCCGCAGCAUCGAACAUCUGAGCGUCGGCAUUCAGGAACAGUUGAGGAUGUGGAGGCUGGGAAGACGCAUGAACCACCGCAGACAGCAGCAGAGGACAGCGACGCCUUACGCCUUGUACGGGAAAUUUUUUUCAGCUGAUUAACUUAUCUAAAUGACACUAAAAAGUUUUUGCAUAAAGUUGAAAAGUGUCAGUUGGGGGAAUGCUUCCUAAAUUACAAAUUCAGGUGAGAGUCCAGUCAGUACUUGAGGACACAUAGCUGGCAGCUCAUCCAUAAAGAAGCAGUUUGGAGAAUGGAUCCAUUAAGUGGUGUCUCAGAGAGGUACAUCCCAGCAGCGCUUCACAGGACUACAUCCAGAGAAGGAGACAAGUAAUUAAUUCACCAAAGCUUCUGCACUGAAAUCAAAUUUCAGCACUUCAGUCUAUGUUUCAGUGGCAGCAUCUAGCACCUCGCGUGAGAGGAACUACUUAUUUUAGUGUCUUACAGUGUAACAGUUACUUAAGUGUUGUGUUUGUUUGUUUUUCUCACUUGGGUCCAAACACUAAAAUUGACAACAUGGCAUUUUUUUUUUUAGGUUUACUGAAGGUUUUAAUGGGGGGAACAAAGUUUUUUGUUUUCACAUGCAUGCCACUGUAUAUGAAACUGACAGCAUCUGUGGGUUUUUCACCACAAAGGUUUGGUGUUAGAAAUGUUUCCACCAGAAGACCUAACAAGUUCCUGCUAGUACCCUGAGCACGGUACUGCUGCAGUACAAGUGGCUUAGUUCUGUGGGGGAGAAACUUGAAAAAAGCCUUGCUUUUGCAUUAAACUGCCAAAACAUAAA